ACAAACUGCGUCAGACAGGAAAACCCUUACUGCCUUGGACAUGUCUCCCACCAAGACUCUGUGAUGUUAUACUAGAACAUCAGCAUUUGAUUUCAACGUGGGCUACUCUAAUGUGGACAUAGCUGACGUCUUGAAGACUGCGAAAUGGUUCAAGGAAUUUCCGAGAUAGCCGCAAUGGCUGUUGGCCUGAUUGGCCUGAUCGGUGCGGCGGCUACUACAGGGAUGCCCAUGUGGAAGGUGACAGCUUUCAUCGGGGAAAACAUCAUUGUGAUGGAAACCCGCUGGGAGGGCUUGUGGAUGAACUGCUACAGACAAUCCAACAUCAGGAUGCAAUGUAAGGUGUACGAUUCCCUGCUGUUCCUACCCGCGGAUUUACAGGCAGCCAGGGGCCUGAUGUGCUGUUCUCUGGCCAUGUCGGGACUUGGGCUCCUUGUGGCAAUGGCAGGAAUGCGUUGUAUAUCCUGUGUUCAGAAUAAUGAUCGGGUUAAAACUAUCAUCCUGAUGGUUGCAGGUGGAAUGCAGUUCAUGGCCUGUAUCUGUGUCAUUAUCCCGGUGUCGUGGACAGGUCAUGUCAUCAUUCAAGAUUUUUAUAAUCCUUUGCUAAUCGAUGCCCAGAGAAGGGAGCUUGGAGACGCUCUAUACAUAGGUUGGGUGACCAGCGCCUUCCUUUUUGCCUCAGGCCUGUUGUUCGUCUGCCGCCGUAUACCUAGAGACAAAGGCUCAUUCAACAUAUACAACCAAGCCAACUUGCUACAUUACAAGCCAGCAGCCAGCAGGCCGACUCUAAUGAGGUAUCAUCCCAUCUCCAGUGUUCCCAGCCUCCGAUCAAAUGCUUACCAUCCUUCUCUGCAGGACAACGGCUUUGUUGGACAACAACCUGCAACGCCAAUGCAAAACAUGCCCAGAGAGAUGACCAAUGACGGAACACUAAUCAGCCCUCCUGUCGUCUAUAAUCCAGGUUUGCCUGACAAUCAGUCCUUGUUAUAUCAAGGUAGCCUGGCUCACCAUUCCUCCAUGCAGAGCUCAAACCAUGUUGAGAGCUUGUAUACACCAGGCAACUCUUUGUACAUAAGCCAGAACACCCCACCAUAUUCCCUGACUUACAUCCACAAUCCUGCUUCGUCCUACCAGUCCAGUUUUCACCCAGUUCCACACACUCCUGUGUUCAUAGGAUAUAACUCAUCAAGGACACAAGUACAGUCUCGCAGUGGAAGCAGUCCUGGUGUAUACAUCUAAACAAACAUUGUGAGUGGGUUUUAAUUAGCUAGUUAAACAUUAAAGACACAAACACUAUGCUUUUAUAGUUUAUCAGCACAAGCUUAUUGAAACUGCUGUACAUAAGAGGCAAGAUGAAGAUAAAUGAUUGCCGGACGCCCAAGUAGAUGUGUUGAUUUUUUUUUUCUUACAAAUAAUACCCAAAAAAACAAGGUUGAAUAUAACUGCUGUUGAUGUUAGUGUAAAUAAGGUAUGGGCUUACUUUCAAGAAAUAGAAAGACAUUAGGUUUAGCAUUUUUGGAUCUGUCUUGUAUUUUUUUUAAAUUGUAUUGUUUUAGUGUGUUUUUAAUUGUCUUUUACUAACAGUAUAACUCACUUAAACCUUCUUGAAGUUGCUUGUCAUAAGUUUGUAUUACAAAUGAUCAAUAAACAACAAUGUCACGCACA